ACCGGGGGGGAGUAUCCUCUCGCUUCGGGUCCGCCGCCGCCGCCGCGCGGUGUGUAACUCAUUAUUAUUAUUAGAACAUCGCCUUUGAAGGAGUCGGUUGUUGUUGUUGUUGUUUUUGUUGUUGUUAUUGUUAUCGGGGGGAAACUGACAUGUCAGUCGCUGUUGUCGCUGUUGUUCGCAGGAAACAAUAAGCUGCCGUGAAAUGUGUCGUCUUCGCGACGGGACCGUUAGCGGCGCGCGCCGGACCGAGACAACCGUGGUUCCGGGCGGAGUCUCGCUGCGCCGCGGGCCGCAGAGAGUCCGAUGAACGCGCGUGUUCGCCGGGGACAGUCCGCCGCAGCGACAUGGCCGAGGAGCGUCCUCCAGGCGCGUGGUUGCCGUGGGUGACAGUCCGUCACGAGUACAUUGGCCUCAGGUCCUUCCAGGUCACAUCCUUCACAUCAGUUCAAGAGGUCAAACAGUUACUCUACGAGGAGACGGAUCUCCCGGUUAAAGAGCAACGGCUGAUUCACAAUGGGAGAGUGCUGGAUGACGGCGUGCAGAUCGGGACCUUGGUGCCCACAGGAAGCCCAGAAGUGUCUAUCGCGUUGGAGGGAAGAGGCCUUAAAGGGGGAGGGAGGUUUGGACAGACGACGCCGCCACUCGUCGAGUUCUUGAAAGAUAUUCUGAGGAGGUAUCCUGAAGGUGGACAGAUUCUGAAGGAGCUGAUUCAAAAUGCGGAGGAUGCCGGAGCCACAGAGGUCAAGUUCCUGUACGACGAGACGGAGUACGGAGUGGAGUCGCUGUGGUCACCUGACAUGGCUCAGCAUCAGGCGUCAGCGUUGUACGUCUACAACGACGCCGUGUUCACUGGGGAGGACUGGAACGGGAUUCAGGAGAUCGCCAGAAGCAGGAAGAGAGACGACCCUUUGAAAGUGGGACGAUUCGGGAUCGGAUUCAACUCCGUGUAUCAUAUCACAGAUGUUCCCAGUAUAUUCAGCGGAGACCAGAUCGCCAUGCUGGAUCCUCACCAGACUCUGUUCGGAGUGAACGAGUCCGGACAGUGUUGGAACCUGAAGACGGACGUCAAGGAGAUCACGGAGCUGGCCGACCAGUUCGCUCCCUACACCGGGAUGUUCGGCAGCUCGGAGAAAACCGUGCGGGACGGCAGCUUUCCGGGAACGCUGUUCCGCUUCCCGCUGCGCGCGAAGCCCUCCCAGCUCAGCGGCAACAUCUACAACAAGGAGAAGGUGCUGGAGCUCUUCGAGUCCUUCAAGGCAGACGCGGACACGGUGCUGCUCUUCCUCAAGAGCGUGCAGAGGAUCUCGCUGCACGUGCGCGAGUCCGACGGCACGGAGCGCGUGUUGUUCCAGGUCACGGCCACGGAAAACACCGACGAUAAGUCGGAGAGACCGAACGCGCUGAAGACUCUGGGUCAGGCGAUAGACGGCUACGGCAACGGCGUUCCCGACUCCACCGUCACGUGCGUCACCUACCAGGUCAACAUCGAGACUCAGGACGAAACGGCCAAAGAGACUCAGAGAACCACGUGGCUGGUUUGUAACGGAGUCGGGGGGAGGGGCACGUGCGCCGAGCUGGACUCCCUGGCCGACGAUUUGAAGUUCAUGCCCACCAUUGGCAUCGCCCUGCCUCUCACUCAGACCAACGGGGAGGACGUGGGCGCCACGUCGGGCUUUUCGGGGCGGGCGUUUUGCUUCCUGCCUCUUCCCCCCGGCGAGGAGAGCGAGACGGGGCUCCCGGUGCACGUGAGCGGCUUCUUCGGCCUCACGGACAACCGCCGGAGCAUCAAGUGGCGGGAGGUGGACCAGUGGAGGGAUCCGGCCGCUCUGUGGAACGAGCUGCUCAUCGUCACCGUCAUCCCCAAGGCGUACUUCGCGCUCAUCACGGAGACCAUCAGAAGGGUGCAGACCAAAAAGGACCAAGACUUCCCGCUGUCCCCCGCCGGGACCUACGAGGCCUGGCCCAACCCGAAGCAGGUCAAGUCCCGCUGGAAGCCCGUCCUCCAGCCACUGUUUCACGACCUGCUGCAGCAGGAGGUCAUCUUUUCCCUCAGCGAGGGCUGGAUCCGGGUGGACCAGGCCGUGUUCUCCGAGCUGGACACGGACGAGGACAUUGCAGAGACGGUGAUCAACUACCUCCAGAGCUCAGGGACGCAGGUGGCAAAGGUGCCGGCUGCCGUGGACUCCGUGUUGGCCGCCUACGUGGCUGAGUCCGCCGAAGUGAGGAAGGUGACGCCGUCUUUGUUGCGGCAGGCGAUCAGGAAGUGCAAACACAAAGGUCCCGCGCAGGAGAAGCUGCAGCUGCUGGAGUUCGUGCUGAGCGACGCCAGUUACGGCGACCUCAUCGGACUGGAGCUGCUGCCGCUGCAAGACGAGACGUUCACAUCAUUUUCGUCUUCAGUCGGUGAUAAGGACGCCAUUUACAUCGCGUCUGAGGAAUACCCCAGGUCUCUGUUUCCAGGACUUGAGGGUCGGUUCAUAUUGGAGAGCAUCAAACCGUCGGUGAUGGACAGUUUGAAGAAAGCAGCCAAAACCAGAGUGCAACAGUAUCUUUGGGGCUGUUCAGGACGACCCUGCACUCAGCUGCAAGUGCUGAACCCGGACCGAUCCGCUCGACUCAUCAAGGAGAUCCUGUCGACAGCCUGGCCAACGAGGGACUUCACCGUCCAGUGGGAACCUGGGAACAGAGAGUUGAAGCAUCCGACAGUUUCCUGGCUGAAGGUUAUUUGGAAGCAUCUCUACAUACAUUUCGCUGAUGACCUGAGUACAUUUGAAGACAUGCCUUUGAUCCCAUGCAUGCCACUCGAGGAGGGCAUGGACGUAGUGAAGCUUCUGCGUCUCAAAACACCAUCCCCAAUAAUUCUCGUGGAUGAAGAAGAGGCUCCACUUUCUGAAACCCUUCUCGACAUCAUGGAAAGGCUUGGGGGAGUCGUUAUAAAAAAGCUGGAUUCCUGUUUGCAGCACCCUCUGCUGAAGAAUUACAUCCAUGCGUCCUCUCCUGGUAUGCUCUUGCAAAUCAUGAAUAGACUGGCAACACAACGACUAUCUAGCCACGUCUCCUCUUUCUCAGUCAAAGAGAAGAUUGCACUCAGAAACUUUCUCGCAGGACUGUCUGACAUUACAGCGAAGGAGAAGCAUACCCUGCUCGAACUUUCCAUCUUUGAGAAAGUGGGGACCUGCUCUGAAGGUGCCUCAACAUUCACAUCACUGAGAGGAGCUAGAGCUUUACACCACAGAGCCAAGUAUCCACCAGACGUGAAGUUAUCUGUCAAUCUUGUGAGUUGCUCUGAUGAGGAAUCAAUCCGCCUCAUCAAGAUGCUGAAUGUAGAACAGGUGAAAACAACAGAAUGUUUGAAAUUCAUUAUUCAGGAUAUUGAGAGGGGGUUCUACACAGCAGACGAGAUAACCCAAAUCAUGCUCUGGGCGCUAAAAAAUCUGGCCUUUUUAAAGAAUGAAAACUCAUUUGUGAUUGGAUGGCUUUCUGCCGUUAAAUUUAUUCAGCUGCCCGGUGGGAAUUCAGUCAGAGCCUCCGAUGUGUUUGAUCCUGAGCUGGAGAUUCUACAGAAUCUCUUCUACAUGGAGGAGAAAAUCAGGUUUCCCACAAGUGCGUUCACGUCUUCCGCCGAUAUUCUACAUUCACUGAGGCAACUGGGACUGAGAAAUGAAGUGCAGCUCAGUGAAAAAGAUAUACUGCACGUGGCAAAGAAGAUAGAGGAGUUACAAAGCAGCGAUGAACCUGAGUGGGAUCUCAUAAUCAAAAAGGCAAAAACACUCCUGCAGAUACUCAACAGACAAACCAAGCUGGUGAAAUCAGCUGAUGCUCAGACAUCAUUGCUAAAGCUGAAAUGGGUACCUGUCUGCAAGGAAAGACCCCUAACUUACCCUAAGUCCCUCGCCUGGGUUGGAGAUACUCUCAAUAUCUGCUCUUUGUCUGAGAUGUGCGACAUAUCCCAUGCAGUUCUCGUGGGAUCUUCAGUAGCGCUGGUUGAACAUACAUCUGCAGGGAUGAAGAAAGCACUGAAACUAACUGUUGAGCCACAGGUGGAUCAGGUGUUGCAACACCUGAAAGCAGUGAACGACUGGCAUAAAUCUCAAGCAUUCACCACGGAGGAUUGGUAUCAGUUCCAGCAGAUCUUGUUUGAGAUUUAUGCUUUCAUGCAGGCUCAUCUUGGGGACGCACGAGAAGCAAUGAAAUCACUGGCCUUCGACUGGGUGUGGACAGGGAAGACGUUCUCAUCACCUGGCCACACUGUCCUGAAACCCCUCCCUGAUCUAGACUUGCAACCUUACCUGUACUCCCUGCCAAAGACAAUCAGAAAGUUUCACAAGCUUUUCAAGUUUUGUGGUUCAGUCGAAGAAGUUGUCCCGAGCCACGUGUUUGAAGUCAUCAGCACCAUCCGACAAAGAUGUGAAGGAGAGAUUACCAAGGAAGAAAGCAAACGCGAUAUCUUGCUUUUGAUCAACAUCCUGAGAUGGCUGUACAACAAUCAGAUAACUGUGGACGCUGACAUGCAUGUGCCGAUUCUUUGUUACAAGGACCCAAGCAAGUUAGCCAUGAAGCCCAUUCAGGAAUGCACCUACUGUGACAUCAAGGUCGACGAUCUGAAUGACUUGCUCGAGGAUGCGUCAGAGCCCAUUAUAUUAGUCCACGACGACAUCCCCAUGAAAACUGCAGAGUGGCUGAAGGUCCCGUGUUUGAGCACAAGGCUGAUAAACCCGGAGAACCUUGGCUUUGAACAAUCCGGCCAACGAGAACCUCUAACAGUAAGAAUAAAGAACAUCUUGGAGGAAUAUCCAUCUGUAGCAGACAUUUUCAAAGAGCUCCUCCAGAAUGCGGAUGAUGCGAGUGCAACAGAGUGCAGUUUCCUCAUCGACAUGAGAAAAAACUCUGACAUUCGCGAGAACCUCCUUGACCCCGGCAUGAUCGUUUGCCACGGGCCCUCCCUGUGGUCUUUCAACAACUCUGUAUUCUCAGACACAGACUUUCUAAAUAUCACAAGGCUAGGUGGAUCAGUGAAGCGAUGUGAAGCAGACAAAGUGGGCAAGUUCGGCUUGGGCUUCAACUCCGUUUAUCACAUCACUGACAUCCCCAUCAUCAUGAGCAGAGAGUUCAUGAUCAUGUUUGAUCCAAACAUCAAUCACAUCAGCAAGCACAUCAGAGACGGGUCAAACCCAGGGAUCAAAAUCAACUGGAGCAAGCAACAGAAACGUCUGAGAAAAUUCCCCAAUCAGUUUAAACCGUUCAUUAAUGUCUUCAAUUGUCAGCUCCCUCUAGCUCAGGACUCCCCCUACAAAUACAAUGGCACACUGUUCAGACUGCCAUUCAGAACAGAGCAGGAAUCCUCAGUGAGUGAAAUCAGUAGUCUGUACUACAACACCACAGACAUCUAUUCCCUGGUGGAUGAGUUCAGCAUAUGUGGCCAUCGGUUCAUUCUGUUCACACAACAUGUUGGAAGUAUGGUCUUGAAAUACCUGAAAUACGAAGAACCAAAUCCAGCAGGAGCACAAGAUGUCGUGGCCAUCAACAAAAGUGUGUGGUCGUGCAAAGCCUCAUACGGACCGCUGAGUAUCCUAAAAUCUGCAGCAAAGCUUAUGAAGAAAGUAGCAAGCACCAACAAGGUACCUGCUGACGUUCCCAAGUCUGGCUGCAUCAUACGCAUCAUGGUAGAGGAGUUUCACAACGUGUUCAAGCGCAUUGUCGAUCUCCACUCCCCACUGUUCAGAGGUUCAGAGGAAGAUCCUAACCAGUACUUUGAGAUGGCUGCUAAAGGAAUUCAGACGAGAAGACUCACAGACGAAAUGCCCCAAAAGGCAGUCGAGGUCACUAACUGGCUCAUUUGCUCAUGCAUGGAUGCAACUGAAGCACUCAAGUUUUCCCUCAGUGAUAGUGGCAAAAGACUUGGACUGGUGCCUUGUGGGGGAGUGGCUGUUCUUCUCUCUGAGGAAGAGAAUCGCAAAUGGACAGUGAAGACAAACGCCACACCGGUUGGAGAGGUGUUUUGUUACUUACCUCUCAGAAUCAAAACAGGCUUGCCAGUCCAUAUUAACGGCUGCUUCGCUGUGACUUCCAACCGCAAAGAGAUCUGGAAGACCGACACCAAAGGACGAUGGAAUUCUGUUUUCAUGAGACAUGUCAUUGUCCAGGCUUACUUGGCAGCACUCACGAUGCUACGUUCAAUGGCUGAAAGUGGAGAACUGCUCAACUACAGCUAUUACGCAGCAUGGCCAGAUCCAAGUCAGGUGCAUGAUGACUUCACACUGAUCAGCCAGGGUAUCUACCAAGAGAUUGCCAAAGGAGGUGACAGUGAGCAUGCAAAGGUGUUCUCAGAUGGAAAUAUCUGGGUGUCAAUCAAAUACGUGAGAUUUCUUGAUGAUGCCUUGCUCUGCAGGCCAGACAUUGGUCCUGCCGCUUUCAAGAUAUUCCUGAAAUAUCUCAAGAAGAGUGGUGCACAAAACCUCUGUGCCGUUGAGCUGCCCGACUGGGUGAAGGAGGGCUUUGAUGAUGCUGGAUGUAAAGGGAAGUUGAUAGAAAACACCCUGACAGAGAAGCAGUUCUUCUCAGAUGUCUUUUUCCCUCACAUCCAGGGAAUCGACAGAGAGCUUCGAGAUCCCCUGAUGCAUUACGUCUUGAAUGAGAAACUGGAAGAUUUUGCAUCGAUUCUCAGGGAUACCCCUUGCAUUCCAUGUUCUGGUGCCAACAAGGAACUGGUUUUGCCCUCCAGACUCAUUCAUCCAGAGGGAAGAGUCGCUAAACUCUACAGCACAGAUGAUGGAAGAUUUCCUGAAGGGACCUCUAAAGACUACUUAAACCCUGUGUGUUUAGUGAAGCUGGUGCAGUUAGGCAUGGUCAAAGAUGACCUGUCAUGGGAGGACCUGAUUGAACGUGCUCAGUCCGUUAGCCAUCUCAAUGAAAGUGAUCACGCAGCUGCAUGCUUUCGUAGCAGUAUCCUACUCAGUCUAAUCGACGAGAAGCUGAAGAUGAGAGAGACGGCCCCAGCCGAGCUCUUAGAGAAGCUACACGACAUCAAGUUCCUUCCAUUCCUGACGAGGCCUGCAGGGUUCUCACUACCAUGGCAUGGAAACAAUUUUUCCCCGACAACAAUGUUCUCUGCUGGAGAACUUUUCACAACUGAACACCAGGACAUAAUGUGUCUGAUGAAGCCGAUCCUGAAUGAGAAUUCCCCAUCCUUCAAAGGCUGUGGUGCAAUGUCAUUGGCUGUAAAAGACUGUCUUGGUCUAAUAAGGAAGCCGUCAGUUGGACUUGUCAUCAGUCAGCUCAAGAAACUGUCUGAAUCCUUUGAUGGUGUCACACUGUAUCAGGAAAACAUAACAAAUGCUUGUUACAAGUAUCUACACGAGGAAAUGCUACAGGAUGAGAAUGGAAAAGAACACAUAACCGAGGAACUAAAAGCGUUCACCUCAAUUCUGGUGGAGAACACAUAUGUCAAUCCCUCCAAAGUGGCAUUCCACCUGAAUUUUGAUGCAGCUCCACACCUUUACCAGCUCCCGAACAAAUACAGGAACAGCUGUCGUGAGCUCUUUGAAAAUGUUGGGGUACAGCCAAGUUUUACAGUCGAGGAUUUCUCAGCCGUUCUCGAAACUGUGAAGCAGGAAUGUGGGCGAAGGGCACUGACGGAGGAGAACUUCCAGCUGUGUCGCAGGAUUAUUAGUGAAGGGAUAUGGAGCUUGAUACGUGACAAGAACCAAGAGUACUGCCAAGCGAACUAUGGGGGGAUCAUGUUACCCGACUCCAGUCUGACCUUGCAGCAAUCAAAAUCACUAUGCUACAAUGACUGCCCUUGGAUCAAAGUCAGAGAUUCUUCCGUGAAAUACUGUCACGGGGAUAUACCGAGAGAGGUUGCUGUGAAACUAGGAGCAGUCCCAAAACGUCACAAAGCCUUGGAGAGGUAUGCCUCCAAUGUCUGUUUCAGUCCUCUCGGGAGUGAGUUUGGACAGAAAGAGAAACUCACAAGCAGAAUUAAAAGCAUCCUCAGUGCUUACCCAUCAGAAAAAGAAAUGCUAAAAGAGCUGCUUCAAAAUGCAGACGAUGCCAAAGCUACGGAAAUCUUCUUUGUUUUUGAUCCGAGGACACACCCCACAGACAGAGUUUUUGAUGAUAAGUGGAUCCCAAUGCAAGGCCCUGCGCUCUGUGUAUAUAACAACCAGCCGUUCACGGAGGAUGAUGUCAGGGGUAUACAGAAUCUUGGAAGAGGAACAAAAGAGGCCAAUCCAGGCAAAACUGGUCAGUAUGGUAUAGGAUUCAACUCUGUCUAUCACAUCACUGACUGCCCCUCCUUCAUCUCAAACAAUGACAUUCUGUGCAUAUUUGAUCCUCAUGCACAGUUUGCACCCGGGGCUACAUCUGUGAGUCCUGGGAGAAUGUUCAGAGACUUGGACUCUGACUUCAGAUCUCAGUUUUCAGAUGUUUUGGAUCUUUACUUGGGAGCUCACUUCAAGUUAGAACGCAGCACAAUGUUCAGAUUCCCCAUUCGCUCUACAGACAUGGCAAAGACCUCAGAAAUCAGUUCGGUCCCUGCAUCAGACAGGAUGGUGCAAAACCUUCUGGAUAAGCUCAAAACUGAUGGCGCAGAGCUUCUGAUGUUCCUCAACCACAUGGAGAAAAUAUCAAUUUGUGAAGUUUGUAAGGCUUCGGGGGAUCUAAAAGUGCUUUACUCUGUGACCGCCAAAAUAACAGAUGGUGAUCGGCUGAAACGCAAACAGUUUCAUGCCUCAGUCAUUGACAGUGUGACCAAAAAGAAGCAGCUCCCCGCUAUCCCAGUCCAACAGAUAACCUACACCAUGGACAUAGAGGACACUGACGGUAAUUUGACCACAUGGAUGAUCUGCAACCGGUCCGGCUUCCCCGACAUCGAAAAUGUCUCAAAAAGUGUGAUCUCAGCUCACAAAAAUGAAGACAUAACUCUGUUUCCACGCGGAGGAGUCGCUGCAUGUGUAACCCACAACUACAAAAAACCCCACAGAGCCUUCUGCUUUCUGCCCCUCUCUCUGGAGACCGGCUUGCCUUUUCAUGUAAAUGGGCAUUUUGCUCUAGACUCUGCCAGAAGAAACCUAUGGAGAGAUGACAAUGGAGUAGGGGUAAGGAGUGACUGGAAUUAUAAUUUGAUGACAUCGCUGAUAGCCCCUGCCUGCGUGGAACUGCUGAUUCAGCUCAAGCGCCGAUACUUCCCAGGCCCUGAUCCCACCAUGACUGUACUCCAAGGAACUCCACUUCACGUCGUUAAAGAUACAUUGCGGAAAUAUCUGUUCUUCUUCCCAGCCAACAGACUUGACAUACAGCCAGACUGGUACUGCCUUGUUAAAGCAGUCUACAACUGUGUCCACGCCGACCUGAAGCGCCUGCUUCCUGUGGUCCGAGCAGCACAAGUUGACAACUCUGACAUGCACUCUGUCAUUUAUAUUUCAUGGGUGAAUACAUCCACAGCAAACAAAGGCAGAGCCUUUUUUGACAAUCUGUUACAAGAUGAGCUUCAGCACUUGAAAAACACAGAGUACAACAUCACAUCAAGGAAGUCUGUGGCAGAGAAUGUCUACAGGCUGAAAACCCUGCUCCUGGACAUUGGUUUCAACCUGGUCCACAGUUGCGAUGACACGGCAAAUCUCUACUUCUGUCUGGAGGACGCAGGGAUACCAGUCAGUUAUGUAACACCAGAGGACGUCCGCAACUUUCUUCACACUUUCUCGUCACCGGACACUUCUUGCCAUGUUGGAAAACUCCCCUGCCGUCUCCAACAGUCCAACUUCAAGCUAGUUCACAACCUGAAAAUUCUGUUUGACUACUGCUUCAAAGACAUAGAGGUAGAUGACGUCAAAAUUGAGGGCUUGCCUCUGUUGAUAACAAUGGACAACAUGCUUCAGGUAUUCGAUACCAAGAGAGCAAAGUUCCUGACACCACAUCAUGAGCUAAUAUCAUCAAGGAAAGAAAUGUUCAUGAAUUCAUUGUACAUCAGGUACAGCAACAUCCUGAUGAAAGCAGGAGCUGCAAAGAUCUUCGACAUAAGCAGCUUUGGUGACCUACUGGGGUCCGUUCUGCCAAGAGAGUAUCGAACAAAGAUCCCUGUAAAGUGGAGAGACACAUUUGCAAGUGAAUCUUGGCUGAAGAAUGUGUGGAACUUCAUCAGUGAGAACAUCGCUGUGAAGGAGGAUCAGGUGGACAUCAAACUGAGUUUUGACACAAUGCUUGACAUUCUGAAAGACUGGGCACUGCUCCCUGGUAUCAAAUUCAUGGCCAGAGAAAAGAUAGUUGUCCCUGAGCACGAUGUGCUUUUACCUCUGAGCUUAAUGAACAUUGUCCUAUUCCCACAUGGCCAAAAUGACAAAGUCUUUCACACCCUCAUGAAAGCAGGGUGCAUUCAGCUGGCACUGAACAAAAUCUGUGUCAAAGAGAAUCCCAUUGUGCCCUUUCUGGCACACCACACUGCAAACAUUGAAAGUCCAUCGAGUGUUCUGAAAGCUGUAGAGUACAUGAUUCAGACGUCUGCGUUCAAAGCAGCAAACCUAACUGACAAGGACUUUGAGGCUCUUCUGUUGUAUUUCAACUGCAACCUGGCUAACCUCACGCAGCAGGACAUACAGAGCCUAAAACUCCUCCCGUGCUUCAAGUCAGUAAGUGGGAGAUACAUAAGCAUUGCAAACUAUGCAGCAAACUAUGUACUUGCAAAAAGCAUUCCUACUGCAGACAUAGAGAAAUGGGCUCACACAGCCUCAUUUGCCUUCCUUGCUGACAGUCCACAGCUGAAAGAACUGUACACCUUCCUUGGCUGUAUGCCCAUUGAUGACGUAGAAAUCUACCUUCAACAUCUCCUGCCAAAGUUUGAGAGUUUUUCCUAUGAUGCCAAAGUUCAACACGUAGUCUACUUGAAGGAGACACUUUUGUCAAUGGAAGAAUCGUGCAAGAUAAAAGAUCAGCUCUAUGAGAAGCUGGAGGGACUGUCAUUCAUCUUUGACUACUCAAACAGACUCCGACCAACCAAGUUCUUCUACGAUGAGACGGUGAAGGUAUUUGAAGUUAUGCUUCCUGCAAAAUCUUUCAUACCAAGUGACUUUUUCAAGAAAGUUGAGCAAGUGUCAAAACCAAAGAAUGGCACGCUGUUGCUCACCUCGUGGAUAACCUUUCUGAGAAAGAUUGGCCUCAAACAUGAAAUGUCCCAGCAGCAAGUUCUCCAGUUUGCAAAAGAAGUCAGCAUAAAAGCCCAGACAGAAAACUGGACAAAAGAAAAAGUGCAAACUAUUGUCGAUGUUCUCUUGAACCAUAUUUUCAAAGAGAGGACAGAUCUGUUCCAGGGUGCAUUUCUCAAGGAGCUCUCAAUGAUACCAUUCCUGUGUCCUGAGAGAGCACCAAAAGAACUCAUCAAGCUCCAUUCGCAGUACCAAGAGAUGACUGGCACACUUCCUCUGAUUCGCUUCAGUGGGUCGCAGGUGAAUCCAAAAUUCAAGCAAACAGAUAUCAUUCACUUGCUUUGGACAUCCUGCCCCAUUCUGCCAGAGAAAGCUACUCCAUCAAGCAUAAAGGACCAGGAAGGGAGCACGCUCACUGGACAGGAACAACUCGACCAAGUGCUGAACGUGUUAGGUGUCAGUUUGGACCCACCACUGGAGAAAGUAAUAAGCAACUGCAAGAAUAUCUGCAACAUAUCCAGUCCAGAUGAUGAAAUGGUGAAAACCAGGAACAAAGUGUUAAAGUCCACCUAUGAGUUCCUCAAUGCAGAUAAAAGAGAUUUCCGUCACCAGCUACGCGGGGUGACGUUUGUCAUGGUUGAAGAUGGCUGGAAGUUGCUGAAACCUGAAGAGGUCGUCAUUAAUUUGGACAACGAAUCCGACUUCAAACCUUACUUGUACAAACUGCCUCUGGAACUUGGUACCUAUCAUCAACUCUUCAAACUCCUCGGCACAGAAGACGUUGUUUCAACUAAACAGUACGUUGAAGUGCUGUGGCGAAUUUUCAGAAGUUCCGAGGGCAAGCAGCUCGACCCAAAUGAGAUGAGAACUGUGAAAAGGGUUGUUUCAGGAUUGUUCAAGUCGCUCCAUAAUGAUCCAGUGGAAAUCCGCAAAGAUCUAGAGAGUCUCAGAGAUUUGUUAUUUUAUUUGCCAAGUCAUGACGGCAGAUUAGCGAAAUCCAGUAGUUUAGUGUUUGAUGAUGCUCCACACUACAAGAGCAGGAUUCAGGGAAACGUUGGAGUUCAGAUGCUUGUGGACAUGAGCCAGUGUUAUCUCGGCAAAGAUCACGCCUUCCACACAAAGCUGAUCAUGCUACUCCCACAGAAACUAAGGCCGCGACUGUUGAGCAGCAUUCUCGAAGAGCAACUCGAUGAGGAUUCCCCAAAAAUGUGCCAGUUUGGAGCUCUUUGCUCACUUCAGGGUCGCCUUCAGCUGUUGCUGUCGUCAGAGCAGUUCAUCACAGGACUGAUCAGAAUAAUGAAACACGAGAAUGACAAUGCAUACCUCGUGAAUGAGGAAAAAGCCAUACGUCUCUGCAAAGCACUUUGUGAAGGACUCAAAGUGUCUUGUUUUGAGAAACUGCAGACAACAUUAAGAGUGAAAGGAUGCAGUCCCAUCCAACACAGCCGCAGUGAAACACUUGCCUUCCUCAAGAGGUACGGGACGGCUGUGAUUCACCUCUACAUCCAGCAUUCAGACAGCAGAGACAUUAACUUUCUGUUGGCACUUGCCAUGACACUAAAGUCUGCCACAGACAACCUGAUUUCUGACACGUCCUAUCUAAUCGCCAUGUUGGGCUGCAACGAUAUCUAUAGAAUCACAGAGAAGUUGGACAGCCUCGGUGUUAAGUAUGACGCAACAGAGCCUUCAAAACUCGAGCUGCCCCUCCCCGGAACCCCCAUCCCAGCUGAGAUACACCACACGCUCCUCAUGGAUCCAAUGAAUGUAUUCUAUCCAGGGGAAUAUGUUGGUUACCUUGUAGACUCAGAGGGAGGAGACAUAUACGGGUCCUACCAGCCGACGUAUACAUACGCCAUCAUUGUUCAAGAAGUAGAAAGAGAGGAGGAGAAAAACACAACCUUCCUUGGAAAAUGCUUCCAGAUCGACAUUGGAUACAGCGAAUACAAAAUAGUCAGCUCCCUUGACUUGUACAAAUUCUCAAGACAAGAUGAAAGCACCAAUGCACGAGACACCAGUGCCCCGUCAACUCCCACAAGUCCGGACAGUCGUUCUACUGGUCCGCGAAUGGCCCCUCCUCUUUUUGCUGGUAAGGAAAACCUCAGACCCCCCACUCAAAAACAAUCACCAAAAAAGAUCAAGCUCAAUGCACUGCCUGAGAUCCUGAAAGAAGUGACCUUAGUAAUCGAACAAGCGUGGAAACUUGCGGAAACCGAGAGAAAGAAGAUAAUCCGCCGAUUGUAUCUCAAGUGGCAUCCGGACAAAAAUGCCGAGAACCUGGACAUUGCCACAGAAGUCUUCAAGCACUUGCAGAGCGAGAUCAGCAGGAUGGAGAAACAGUCUUUGGCUGAUCAACAAAAUACUGACAGAGCUUCCAGGAGAUCCUACUCCUCAUCGUCAGCACGCUUCCAAUCAGAGAAGUCCUCGUUUCAAAGGUUUUAUUCGUCUUGGAACCAAGAAGCAACGAGUCACAAGUCAGAAAGGCAGCAGUUCAGGGAACAUUACAGCUAUGCAGGUUCGUCACAUUCCCAUCGUUUCUUUGUGCCCCCGACGUUCAAGACAGUUGGAAACCCCGUGGAAGCCCGCAGGUGGCUGAGGCAAGCCAGGGCAAACUACUCUGCUGCUCGCAACGAUCUCCAUAAGAAUGCCAACGAGUGGGUUUGUUUCAAAUGCUACCUGGCAACAAAGCUUGCACUGAUAGCUGCCGACUACGCAGUCAGAGGGAAGUCAGACAAAGACGUAAAACCAACUGCCCUGGCUCAAAAGGUGGAGGAGUACGGCACCCAGUUGACGGGCCUGGCCAACGACGUGAAGAUUCUGGAAGGAUACGGCGUGGACAGCCUGAGAACUCGCUACCCGGACCUCCUGCCUUUCCCACAGAUUCCCAACGACAGAUACACGUCUGAGGUGGCGAUGAGGGUGAUGGAAUGCACCGCACGAAUCAUCAUAAAGCUCGAAACUUUUGUGCAGCAAAAAAUAUAACGCAACCACGAAACUGCCGUAUGCAAAGAUCCUCUGUGGAAUAGAGGGACACCCUUGGCUGGGUGCAAUACAGAAUCACGUUUAUCAAUUAAAAUAAAACUGAAGUAUCCAGCCGCCAGCUUGUGGUACAAAUGCAGUUUCUACCUGUGAUGGUGCAGUUGUGGCCCCAUGCACAGGAAAUAAAUGUAUGGCUCCCAUAACCCACUCAGCUGUUUCAAUAGAAAUCUGCAAAUGCUGUACAUACAAAUGCCUCAGCAAUACGUUUGUUUACCAAAGUCCCCAUAUAAGGAACCCAUUAGCUCUGAGUUGUAAUGAGUUACACUAAAAAUAUGCUGCUUUUUUUACUUUAUCUUUUAUAAAACAUAUAUAUAUACAUAUAUAUUUUCUUGCUACAGAAAACCAGUCGAGUGUACUUAAAGGUUGUGCUUGUGAUGAAGAAAUAGAGCAACUCUCACUGUCAAUACGGCGAUUGCUGUCAUGCAACGUGUCCUAUUUGCAAAGGCAAGGAAACACAAUCGUGUUUGUUAAAUUAUUCUUUUUUUAAAUGGUUAAUUUCAUAUAAUUUCUGUAAAUUUGUAAAUUUUCUGUAACAUACAAGUAGCCAGUCACUGGUUUAUGGACGAAGCACUUUUUUGAAACACCUCGUGUAUCCGCACUUGCACUCGUACAGCGCUUAUGUCGCUCCAGCAACUCGGGAGAAUCCAACUGUGAAUGGAAAAACUCUUUAUGUUACUUUAAACGCAACUUUUAAGAAAAUAUUUUGUUAUGGCUAUGUGAAAAUAUUAGUUGUUCUCCACACAGUAACAUUUUAUUACCCGUUCAUAUGAAUGACUUUUAUUUUUAGCAGUGUUUGGGGCAGUUGAGUAGGACUGUGAUAGAAUAAAGAGCCAUAUUUAUGCUAUAAUAGGGGAGAAACAACCCCUAAUAUGUUAACUUUUGUCAGCAUGAAACCAUGUCCAUAUUUUUUUGGGGGUAAUUCUUCUGGUUUAAGGAACACGGAACAGCACCGCACGGAACAGCACCACACGGUGGCGCUUGUGUGUUUUUAUAGCUUCAUUUACCUUUUGAUUUAAAGGACUAUACACACACGGAGACCACAUCUUGUAAGUGACAUUUUGGAAAAAAAAUAAUAUAAAAUGUGCUUCUUUGUUUAUGUUGUUUUGUUACACCUCAGGGUUUGAGGGCGUCCCCUUGAAUAAACCACGUUGCAGUUCCUUGUGUAUCAUACAUGUUAAAGUACACUGUGCCAUAGGAAGGCCCAAUAAAUACAUGGUGUCACUU